AUGAAGAGGAGUGGUGAUAUUGCCUCUCUUUGGAAGAACUAUGAAGCAAAGAAGAAGCAGGCAUCUUCUCCAUCUCCUUCUGUUGCUCAAGCUCUUCCAGAAGGCCAAAUUGAAGAACAAGAAAGUGUACUUGAUCGAGAAAGAGUUAUUGAAGAGAAUGUAAUGACAACUCCAAUGCCUCCAGCUCCACCACCUCCAGUUCCUGAAAAGGAACCAAUUUAUGAUAUCAACCAGCUUCCACUUGAUUCAGGAGAAAGACAGUCAAUAGCAAAUUAUCCCGUCAAUGAUCAAGAUUCAGUUCGCCGAGCAUAUAUUAUUAAAGGCCCGUACCAACCAUAUGCACAUGAUUUUGACAAUGACAGUAGAAAAAUUGGAGGUAAGGACAGGAAGUUCAAUCCUUUAUGGUUUUACAAAUAUCCUUGGAUAGAAUACAGUGUCAAGAAGGAAGCAACAUUCUGUUUUGUUUGCUACCUUUUUGGAAAGGGGAGAAGUAAGACAUUUGCAUUUGUUGAUGGUGGCUGA